GAAGGCAAGGAGCAGCUUCCCCAGGGCAUCCUGCAGUCUCACCCCCAUGCACGCCGGCCAGAUGCUAGCUGGGCCAGCCGUGGUGUUCCUUUCCCUGACCUGGAGCACUUACCACAGCCUGGCUGUCCCCCAGAUUGCAGAAUGUGGCCUCUCCUGUUCUCAGGGCUUCACCUGCAAGAGCCGAGUGAGCCGGAACAUUUUUAACAGCUUCUGCCGGCAACCCCCCACGUCCAUGUCCCCGUCGGUCCUGGAGGCCCUGACACUCUCCACUGCCAUGAAGUGUGCCCCCCACGAGGGCUGCUCCCUGCUCCUGCGCGUGCAGGCUUCCCUCACACUGCAUGAGAGCCUGCGGGGCUUGGAGGCCUGCUCCAUGAAUCUCGACACCCAGGAGACUCAGUGUCAGAGUGUGAGGGUCUCCAGGGCCUCCCGUCGACGGCAGGUGGGGCGGCAGCUCCAGGUGCAUUUUGAUUGCUUCGAAGUGAGUGUGGCUCAGAGCCUCUACGUCACCCUGAGGACCGUCCCCCACUUCUGUGGGGUCCAGCUGGACCAGCAGUACCAUGUGGAAGACUGCAGAGACGAGGACGUGGGGAGGAACGUGCCUGUCUGCUUUGCCGAGAAGUUCUCUUACUGGGUGGACCGCAGCCGCAAGGUCAUUCUGGUCCAGGUGCCCGAGGCCCCCGGGGCCCCCGACUACUACGUCCGGCUCUGCCUCAAGUGGUUCACCUGCGAGGAUGUGGGUGCCCCCGUGCGGGUGACAGUGAACAGGAUGUCCCGCACCGUGUCUCUGCCCUACAGUCAAGAACUGCCCUGCCUGUGCCUUGAGGGCUGGUCUGCGACCCCUGACGCCGUGCGGAUGCAGGCCUGUCCCUUCGAAGAUGAGACAGAGGCCCUGUGGGACGCCAUCCGCUACCACCCGGGGGACCAGGCACUGAGCUGGGAGCCUGCCUGUCCCGUGAGUGGUCACGUGAGCCUGUGCUGGCGCCCGGGGCCAGGGGCCCUCUGCCACAGCCUGGAGCACUCCGGCCGGCCGGCGCGCGGCAGGGUGCAGUACCCGCUGGUGGACACACAGCCCCAGCUCUGCCUGAAGUUCUCCACCAGCCGGGGCUUCUGGGUGAGGUGCCCUUUCCACGAGCGAGGCUUCCAAGCCUGGAAGAUGACCGUCCAGCCAGCAGCUUCUCAGGGCCACCUCCGGGUCACCUUCUUCUCGCCCAGCGCUGCCCAUUUCCAGGUGCACCUGUGUCGCCAGAGGAAGUCACGGCCCCCCGCCUGCCGCCCGGCUCUCCUGGCCACGGCCCGCCCCUUGGCCUCAGGGGACCUCACGGCUGACCCUGUGGUCGCCUUUGUGAACAUUCCCAGGGACAAGGCAUGUGUGCCCGGCACCUGCAUCCAGGGCUGGAGGACCGAUGUGCUCUUCUCCGCCCCCCAGCAGCUCUGUGACCUUCAGUGCACUGCCACCCAGGGGACAGCAGACUGAGGCCAGGAGCCCCAACAAGGACGAGCGAGUGCCCUGGCUGAAUGCUGGGGUGCGGCGGAGACCAGCUCACUUCUGGGCCCCCAGGCCUCUGGCAGCAAAAGCCAGGCCUCCGAAUUUGGAGGUGGCUCACCUGAACCCAGGCUAUGGGGCCAGCCUCCUUCUGGCUCCCCAGAGGCGCAGCUCCCUGGGGGCCCUCAGGCUGGGCCCGGGGCUUUGGGUCAGAUGAAGGACUUUCAGACCCUUCCUGAACCCCUUUGGUGAAGGCCUACAGAAUGGCUGGCUGGGCUGCCCUCUCUCCCAGAUGGCCUGGCCUCUGACCUGCCCUGUCUCAGCUUGGUGCAGCCUCCCUCUGGACCGCCUGUGGUUGUGGCCGCCAUCCCUGGCCCGAGGACAAGGGCCUGGCCGCUGCCUGAUGGCUGCCAGAGCUUUCCCAGGGCUCUGGAGAGCAGAGUGUGACCCCACACGGUCUGCAGCUCAGCUGGCUCAGGACCACCUCCAGCUCCCGCCCAGAGCACUCCUAUACUGACCGCGGUCCCCACGCUGGUUGGCCCUUACUGCCCAGGCUGGGCAUCCACCUGACCCCCUGCACCAGCCUUUCCAGAGGUCAGGUCACCCACUCUCCGGCCCCCCAGCCCGGCCCGUCCAGGGAAGGCUGGCCACUUCCUGGGGCCUCAGGCGCCCUGUGCCGGGAUGUGCCGUUCUCCCAAGUAUCACACUCUCCGAGGGCCACCCCACAGGGACCCUUGGCCCUGCAGUGGGAUUUCCACACCCCAGGUCGGGGGCCACCCGGAAGUUGGGCUGUCAGAUGUGCCCCACAGACUGUCAUGCUGGCUCCCAAGGACCACCAGGCCGCCCCUCCUGAGCUGCCAUCAUCGGAGGCUGGACAUCCUCUGUGCCUGACCACCGUGCGCCCAGGGAGGUCGGCUGUGCUGUGUCAUCUGCAAAUGCCCUCCUACCCCCAGGGCCUGGCUCCGCUGUCCCUCCUUCUCCUUCCCUUUAUGGCAGCUGCUGUCCCCAGCAAGCUGGGGGGGGCAAGCCAGUGCGCCCCACACUCAGUAAACACUUGUCCACCUAGCUCACCUCUUCCCUUGAGGACACAGAUGGGGUCUGAGGGGCAAGGUAGCCCCUUGGCGCAAGUGGCCUGGUGGGGAAGAUUACGGGGCCCAGGUGUACCUGUUCGUAUGGGGCCUCCAGGCGGGAGGUGGGAUUGCCUGCAGAGGUGAGGGUGGAUCCACAGACUGCAGAUGGAGCCUGCUCACCCCCCACCACGUGCAAGCCCCCAGGCUGUCCCCGAGGACACCCCAUAGGCUGGAGAUGCCAAUACCCCGAUGGCCUGCCCCCAGGCCAUGUGUGGGAGGGAGGGUGGGAGGAAGAGGGGUGUUCAACCUGUCCACCCCUGCUGGUGCUCAGCCCCACGAAGGAGGGGGGCGGAGCAGGGGGCGCCCUUUCCUGAAGGCCCCCUCUAGCGUCCCCAUAAAGUGGCCGGGUCAAGCCAGGAACUGACAGAGGGAUGGGAUGCUGGGGGAGUGGGGGUCAGGGAGGCCUCACCCUCGAGUCCCAGGCCCCCCACUCCUACCUUGGGUCAGGGUUUAGGGGCUGGCAGCCUGUGGCUCUGCGCUCACCACGUUUCCUCCUUGCCCGGGAUUUGGGGGCAUGGGGUCCUCUGGAGGCCCUUGUCUGCCCGUGGUGCUCCCUCCCCAUCAAGGCCCAGGCGGGGUGAGGGACCAGAGUCCGGCUAUGGCCGGGCUGCCCCUGCCCGGAGUUCCUGCCCCCCUCACCUGGACCAUCCAGGAGCACUGUGGCCAGGCAGGGAAACCCUGGCUCUGACCCAGGGCUAACCCUGGGAACCCUGGCCUGCCUGGAGGUGGCGCAGGGAGGGGUUGCAGGAGCUGAGCGGGUGUCAGCUCCCUCAAGACUUGCUGCUGUCCUGGCCUUCCACAGAUGGGGGAAACUGAGGCCCAGAAAGAGGCCAUGACUGUGUUCCUCUCAAGGAGGUUCGGGCUAUAGGGAAUGGGGUGAGGCGGGGCAUGCUUGGGUCCCAGCUUCCCAGCUGUCCCCGUGUGUGCUGCCACCAAGUGGCAGUGGUGCUCAGUGAUCCACCCUCCACACCAAGACCUUAGACCACACCCAGCGCCCCAUGGCCCAGCAGGCCUGCCUUGGCCAGUAACACCGACCCCUACCCUAGCCAGAAAUCCCAUUCCCACCUCAGGCCACUCCUGCCCAGGAGUAAAAUGCUGAUGAACUCAGGCCCCAGGAUGGGGAGGACCAAAGGUAGGUGGCUAGGUCACCCAUGCCAGGGCUCACAGUUGAACUGCAGGGAGCCUUUGGGACAUCUGUGUGCCCCAUUCAUUCAUUCACCCAUUCUCGAGCAGGUGCUGAGUACCCACUGGGUGCCCCACUGUCUCAGCGCCAGGAACUAAGAUCACCGCCCUUGCAGCUGGGGACCAAGGGGUCUGCCCUGGACUGAGGGGCUGAUUGGGUCAGGAUUCUCAGCCCUAAAGCCCGGCAAAUGGGGACCGUUGGUCACCCUACCUGGAGUGAUGUUUGCGUGGGGGAGACAGACCACAAACAGGUUAACGACAUAAAUUAUAUGGGGUGCCCAGUGUCAGUGUGAGGCUGGGGAGAAGGCUGGGAAAGCAAACAAAGUAUGGGAGGGAUGCCAGGCGGACUAGGAUGGUCCUGGUGCCAUGUGAGCAGAGCCUGCAGAGGUGAAGGGUCAUGAGCUGCCGGGUUCUAGCAGGAUCUGACCGGUGGGAGGUGGGGUGUGGCAGGCAGGUGGGGCCAUGGGAUGUCCUGACGUGGGUUCCAUGGGUACGAGGGAAACAGACCAAUAUUUUGGCCUCAGUGACUGGAGGGCAGAGUUCCAUGGGCUGAAGAGGGGACACGGCAGUGGGGUUGGUGUUUGGACGUGUAAGUGUGAGCUGCCUAUUGGACAUUGAUUCAUUCCCCAGCGCUUAUGCAAUGCUGCUGUGUGCCCUCAGUGGCCCACACAGACACAGACCCCUGCCUGAAGCAGAGGAUCAACACGUAAAUGUAAAACAAGGAGUAGAUUAUCUAGGACACGAAAAGGGUACUCAGGAAGAAAAGGCAGAGCAGGAUAAGGAAAGGAGCUGGUCCUGGGUCUCAUGCAAGGACAAGAAGGAGAUGAGGGAGUUAGUGGACACCCCUGGGGCCAACAAUUAACAACAGUCUCCAGGGGCGCCUGGGUGGCUCAGUUGUUAAGCGUCUGCCUUCGGCUCAGGUCGUGAU